GGUCCCUACUCCCCCUGUCUGGACUGUAUGUAUGUCUGCUCCUCCAUGAACCUAUAGACACUGAACGCAAUAUGAAGUACAAGCACCACCGUGCAAGGAUGGCGCUCUCACGGGCUCUGAGCCUCCCUUUCUCCACCACCUCAACCACUACCCAACCGCCGCAAUCCGCCCCCUUCCAUCUCAAGCAUGUCACCAAGUCCAACUUCGCCUCGGCCCUGGCCGACCUUCGCCGCCUUGUCCGAUCCGCCGACUUCGUCGCCAUCGACCUCGAGAUGACUGGCGUCACUAGUGCCCCCUGGCGUGAUUCCUUCGAGUUUGACCGCUCCGACGUGCGGUAUCUCAAAGUUAAGGACUCCGCCGAGAAGUUCGCCGUCAUCCAGUUCGGCGUCUGCCCUUUCAGCUGGGACCCUUCCAAUCACUGCUUCCUUUCUCAUCCGCACAAUUUCUAUGUGUUUCCUCGUCAGGAGCUUCCGGUAGAUGGCCCCUCUUACGAGUUCCUCUGCCAGACGACAUCAAUUGAUUUCUUAGCUAGAUACCAGUUUGAUUUUAAUGCAUGCAUACACGAAGGAAUAUCUUAUUUAUCCAGAGGACAAGAAGACGAUGCAUUGAGACGACUAGAUAUGGCAUACGAGGAUGAGUUAUCAUAUACAUGGUGCAGCUCGAAAGAAGUUAAAGACAAAUCGUUAAACCGCAUGGCUGAUGUUCUGUUCACUGAGCGAAUCAAGAUCAGGUUCAGUGAAUGGUGUGAUGGGUUGUUACGGGAUAGAAGUGGGGGGUUCCCACUUCAGUGGACCUCAGAUAACGCAAAGCAACAAUUUAAAACCAUUUUCUUUAAGAUGCGUCCAGCUCUUAAUCUGACCGGGUUUACUUCUCAUCAGCUUAGACUAAUUAAAUUGGUCAUUAACAAGCACUUCAAAGAUCUUACUUACAUUCGUGUGAAUAGUGAAAACAACUGUUCACAGGUGCUGGUAGUGUAUACAGAAACCAAGGAUGAUAGGGACUUCAUUAUGAAAGAGGUAAAAGAUGAGCAUCUCCGAGGAGAAGAGAAUAAAAUCAAAGCUGCAAUUGGGUUUCGUCAUGUCAUUGACCUCCUUUCCUCAGAGAAGAAGUUGAUUGUUGGGCACAAUUGCUUUCUGGAUAUUGCACAUGUAUACAGCAAAUUCUUAGGUCCUCUUCCUUUGACUACUGAAGAAUUUGUCUCCUCUGUUAAUAAGUACUUUCCUCACAUUAUUGACACAAAAAUACUCUUGAAUACCAAUUUUUUACUCCAACAACGGAUGAGAAAGCCCAGGACAUCGCUAUCCGCAGCUUUUGCCUCUUUGUGUCCACAAAUUGCUCUUAGUUCUAAAAGCACAGGGCUGGCUUUACAACAAUGUGUGCAGGUGGAGGUUCAAGUGGAUGAUUUGAGGUCAUCCAACUGGAACUCUGGAGCCAAGCAUGAAGCUGGUUAUGAUGCUUUUAUGACAGGAUGUAUCUUUGCCCAGGCAUGCAGUCAUCUAGGCAUUGAUUUUAAACUCCAUUUGCCCUCUGAAAAUUUAGCUCAUAAUGAAAAGCUCCAUAAAUAUAUCAACCGUCUGUAUCUCAGUUGGACCAAUGGAGACAUUAUUGAUUUUAGUACUGGAAACAAGAUUACAGAGCCUUUGGGAACCAUGAACUUCAAAAAGCUGUACCCCAAGAUUAUGUUUGAGAACAUCAUUUUAAUCUGGGGAUUCCCAUCCAAGCUCAAGGCAAGGGAGAUAAGAGAAUGCAUCUCUAAAGUCUUCGGCCCAACUUCUGUGACUUCUGUCUAUCACUUGGAUGAGACUGCAGUGUUUGUUCAGUUCAGCAAAGCAGGGUUUGUCUCUGACUUUCUGGUUCUGAAGGAAACUUUGGAGACAAGUGAUAGUCUAAUCUUCGUUUUGCAUCCUCUUGCAAAGCUGUUGGAAGGUGGAAACACUUGUGCUGCUACUUAUGAAAUCUAUAAAGAGAUUUGCAGCUCACCCAUUUCGAAAGUCUUGUUUGCGGAUCAGGCAGAGGCGGUUGGUAUUAAAUCAAAGACUGAAGUGGUAGAAACGAAAGUAGCAGUACAGAGCCAAGAACAGGGAAAUUUCAGCAAAGAAAAUGAAGUAAAUAAUGUUCCUAAAUCGGCUGAAAAGUCCAAGCAAGGGACGGUACACAAUGUGAAGGAAGUUAUCUUAUCUGGCCAUUACAAGAUCACAGAUUCCUUAUAUACAGCUGAAGGCAAUCAGAUUUAGAAGUAAUAACAUGUGACUGAGGGCAUAAGCUGUCGGAUUCGUUUCUUCGAUUUACUUUUACCAUUUCCAAGUAGUUAAAAAAUUCCCUGUAAGCAAGGUAUUUUAUUGAAUUUAUUUUGUCAAAUGUUAGGAUUAGGAAUGUAACAAAUAACUGCAAAUUAAAGGAAAUGAUCAAUGUAUGGCUUUCCCA